AUGCCCAUGAAGGGAACACCGACUUGUUUAAAGUGCAAAGCGACGGAAUCGCCCUUAUGGACAAACGCGGAGAAUCUAGGAGCCCUGUGUUUGAACUGCGUGAACGAAACAAAAGACAACCUAAAAAAGGAACAGGAAGAGGACGAGGACGAUAAGUCAGAGGAGUCGGGCAAAUCGAGCAAAAGAAAAAUUAGACAGACGCGAUCGUAUAAAACGAGGUUAAACCCAUUUGCUCUGCCCAAGGCAGCAUUGCCGAAAGGCAAAGGUCGCAGGCAGUUGCAUAAAAGGCAGCCUAUAAAAGCGCCCACUGCGGUUGCUACUCCAGUCACCAGUGAAUAUGUUUUUUACAAGGGUAGCUACAUUCAAAUAGGUGAUAUUGUUUCCAUGAUAGAUGUAGAAGGUGGCACAUACUAUGCACAAAUUAAAGGUUUGAUGACUGACCAAUAUUGUAAAAAGAGUGCUGUGGUUACAUGGUUAUUGCCAACACAAGAAAGUCCACCACCAGAACAAGAAUUUGAUCCUGCUACUUACAUAAUAGGUCCUGAAGAAGACAUUAUGAGAGACCUAGACUGCAUGGAAUUUGUUAUGCAUGCUCCUUCUGAUUACUAUAAAUCGCACUCAUCCCCUUAUCCUUCAGUGCAUACUCCUGCAAUUCCUGGUUACAUAUGGACAUCAAUGGACAGUAUUAAGAAGAUGUGUGGAACGCAGGAGUCUUUACAACUGUAA